ACCCCCCGUCCUCAGCCUUGAGCCCCCAGCCUUUGGGGUCCGGGUCCUCGGCCUUCGCACCCCCUCGCGUCCUCCGAGUCCUGCCCUCUGCCGGAGCGCCUCCGCCGGGUCCUCAGCCUUCGGCGACACCCUGUUUCGGCCCCGAGCACCCCGGCCUUCGGCGCCCCCCAAUCCCGCUCUGAGCCUCCCCCCGGCUCUCCCACGCCCCUUCCCCGCGCUGUCCCCGCCCGGCCCGUCCCCCGGCGUGAUGGCUUCUCCCGCCCCCUCGGGCCGGCGGGGUCUGGGAGUCCCCCGUGAAGGUACCGGAGAGGGGCGGCCGGGGCUCGGGCCGCAGGAGGAGGUCUGAGAGGCGAGACCCUCGGCUGUGACCCGGACCAGCUCCGCCUGGCCGAGUGAGCACGUGGGCGCUGGACCCGGUGGGGAUGGGGACCCCGGGGCGCUGGUCCCUCAGGGUCUGCUGGGCGCACCUGCGGCGCUUGGAGCCCAGGCGGGAGCGGGGCCCACUGAGGCCCCCCAGGUGUCCCCGCAGACUAGGCUGGCUUCUGCUGGGCAUGUUGCCCAGGCUUGUCUCAGCCUGCGGGGACGUGGGCGAGCGGGUCCCCGAGAGCCUGUGUCCGCGAAGGGCCAGCUGGGGCGACCCAGCUGAACAGGGGCCGCUGGAGAGGGUCUCCCAGGAGCGGCGCCACCUCCUCCUGCACCUGCGGCUCUGGCUGCGGGCUGGGGCGCUCCUGGUGAAGUUUCUCCCCCUCCUGCUACUCUACCCCCUCACCUACCUGGCUCCCGGCGUGGCCGCCCUCUGGCUCAGUCUGCUUCUGAAAGCCACGGAGACCUCAGGCCCCACCUACAUCAAGCUGGGCCAGUGGGCCAGCACGCGGCGGGACCUCUUCUCAGAGGCCUUCUGUACCGCCUUCUCCAGGCUGCACGUCCGCGUGAGGCCCCACCCGUGGGCGCACACCCGGAGCUCCCUCCAGCAGGCCUUCGGGGAAGCCUGGGGCCAGGUCCUCUGCUUCGAGAGCCUGGAGCCUGUGGGCUCGGGCUGCGUGGCCCAGGUGUACAAGGCCUGCGCCAAGGCUGCCUUCCUGGGGGAGGACAGCCUCCAGAACCUCCACACUGCCUCCAGCCUGAGGCCCUCUUCAGCGUCCUGGGCCCUCGGGUGGCUGGGAGAACUCUUUGGACCCUCUGGGAAGGGCUGGAAGCCUGAAGGAAGUCUUGCUGACCAGUCGUUUCUAGAAAGGCUGCUCCUCCCCAAAGCCGACCUGGUGGGGGUGGACGCAUCACCCUCUGCCCACCUGCCUGAGCCAAGUCACCUCAUCCCAGUGGCCGUCAAAGUGUUGCACCCUGGCCUGCUGGCCCAGGUGCAUAUGGACCUGCUGCUUAUGAAGAUGGGCAGCCGAGCCCUUGGACUUCUGCCAGGAAUCAAGUGGCUUAGCUUGCCUGAGGUUGUGGAGGAGUUUGAGAAGCUCAUGGUCCAACAGAUCGACCUGCGUUAUGAAGCUCGGAACCUGGAACACUUCCAGCGCAACUUCCAGAACGUGAGUGCUGUCAGGUUUCCCACGCCUCUGCGCCCGUUUGUCUCCAGGGACGUCUUGGUGGAGACGUAUGAGGAGAGCGUGCCUGUGGCCCGCUACCAGCAGGCGGGGGUUCCCCUGGAGCUGAAGAGGGAGAUAGCGCGGCUGGGGAUCCGCACGCUUCUGAAGAUGAUAUUUGUGGACAACUUUGUCCACGGGGACCUCCAUCCUGGGAACAUCCUGGUGCAAGGCGCCGAUGGUGUGGCCAGGGGCCAGGGGUCUUGGGCCCAGCAGGGGGACAUCUGCACCACUCAGGUGGGGGCUGCAGCCCCUGCCCCCUGGCCCCUGCGGCUGGUACUGCUGGACGCAGGCAUCGUGGCAGAGCUGCAGGCUGCCGACCUGAGCAACUUCCGGGCCGUCUUCCUGGCGGUACUGAUGGGGCAGGGCCAAAGAGUGGCCGAACUCAUCCUGCAUCAUGCCCGGGCCAGUGAGUGCAGGGACGUGGAGGCCUUCAAGGCUGAGAUGGCCACGCUGGUGAGCCAGGCCAGGAAGAACACCGUCACCCUGGAGAAGCUUCAAGUUUCCAGCCUUCUCUCCAGUGUCUUCAAGUUAUUGAUGACGCACCAGGUUGGUCCUCCUGGUGAUUCCCAGACCUGGUAUUUAGGUUGGAAAACGCUGCAGAAUCCUCUAGCCCCAUGAUUUCCAAUUCUUUUGAUUAUGUCUUAGAAGUACAGCCAGAAAGUUCCUUAGAAGCGAGGACGGUAAGACUUUGUCUCAUGUACUUUGGACAUGUUAUCUGGAGGGACCAGUCCCUGGACAAGGGCAUCAUGCUUUGUAAAGUAGAGGGUCAGUGAAAAAGAAGAAGACCUUCAACAAGAUGGAUUUACACAAUGGCUGCAACAAUGGGCUCAAGCAUAGCAACGAUUGUGAGGAUGGCACAGGACUGUGCAGUGUUUCAUUCUGUUGUACACAGGGUCGCUAUGAGCUGGAACCAGCUUGACGGUACCUAACAACAACAUAUGUUUCACUGGUUUUGCUUCUGUAGAAAACCCAGCCUAAGACAACGGUCCUUUCCAAGAUCUGUGUUCUCUCCUCCAAGAGGCUCACAACAGGAUCCUUAAAUUCUUCCUUUUUUAUUGUUUAUAAAGUCUUUAUGGCUUUGUUGUUCUGCAAACCUGGACAGCAGUAGUUCCCAAAUGUUAAUACAUGGACUGGUGGUAUCAGAAUCACCUGAUGAACCCAACCCCAGGCCAAGGAAUCUGCGUUUUAGCACAGGCUCCAGGUUAGUGAUCCUCUGAAUUCCUUGGUCCCUAGCCAACCCUGGCUUCUUGGCUUUUGUCUCUCUUAACCUUGGGACCCUUAAUAAUGCCUUCCAUUCAGUCCUGGAUGGACAAUAAGCUUCUCUAGACCCUACAAAUUCUUGGGGCCUCCUUUUCUGGGUUAUAGUUUCCCUAAGAAUCUCUAGGCUUGAGCAAUUACAAACUCAGUCUGCCAACCUCACACCUUAGAGAUCUCCUUUUGAAAUGAAUCUACUUGUUAAGUUCCACGUGUUUCACACUGAAGAUACCACAUAUGGGGAGACAUAUAGGGACAUGUAGGGAUUUGAACGUACGGAAUGUGAUCAAUACCCUUCCUCCUAUGCCAAGUUAUGAGACUUCAUGUGCCCUUUUGUCUGUAAUGGGAAACCUCUCCCACGUGAACCUAUGAUUGCUGAGCUCCAGGCCUUUCUGAACAGCUUACUGGUUGACACUGUGACUCUGUAGGACUCUCUCCCCUUCUCCUGCCCUCCUGAGUUCUAAGUAGUAUAUCAGUUAGAAGACUCCACUAUUUUCUGGAUGAAAGUUGACUUUCCAGUUGAUACGCAAUACAGAGAGUGGCUUUCUCUGGGCUGCCAGUCAAGAGUGAACCCUUUCUGGAGGAAUAAACAGGUGCACUAAGGUAUAGCGUCGGUGAGUUGGGAGGACAGGGACUUUCUGUCCACUCUGGGGAGCACUCUGCCUGAGCUGCACAGCUGCCGUGCUCUCAGCAAAGAAAAGCUAUGGUCCCAAGGCCACAGAAAGGCUCAGCUUAAAGAGAGCAGAGGACUUGAGAAUCUGAUGAUCUGGGCUUCAGACUGCAGCUCUGCCAAGUGCUUGUUGUUAGUUGAUGCCCAGUUGGCUCAUGCGACCCCGUUACAACAGAACAAACUAUUGCCCAGCUCUGCACCAUCUUCAUAAAUUGGUAGGCUCAAGCCCUCUGUGGCAGCCACUAUGUAUUCUGAGUGCCAUCCAACCUAGGGGGCUCAUCUUCCAGCACUAUUUGGACAAUGUUUUGUGUGAUCCAUAGGUUUUUUUUUUUUUACAAUAUUUAUUCUGUGCUAAGACAUGCCAGUUAACUCUAUAUAAAAAUAGAAUAUAAAUAUGUAUAUAUAUUGGGAUACACUUUUUCCCCAACUGCUUUCUUCCCCUAUUUGAUGACAACUCUUAAAAUUUUUUUUGUGUGGUUUGCCAAUCCACAAGUAGUUUCUGCUUGUACAAUCCAGUGAUGUUAAUUACUCUCAUUAUCUUUUUCUGAAUUAUCCCGCUAUGUGUCCCCCAAGAAAAGGUUCCCCUUUUGCCCUCUCCCCACCCCCGGUAACCACUAAUAAGCUGUGGUUUCUAUAUAGCCUAUUUCAUAUAAGCAAGGCCACUGUCUUUUUGUAACUAACUUACUUUGCUCAGAAUGAUGUUUUCAAGGUUUACCCAUGUUGUAGCACGUAUCAGUACUUAAUUUUUCUUUAUGGCUGAGUAAUACUCCGUUGGUAAUACACCACAUUUUGUUUAUCCAUUCAUUCAUCUGUUGAUGAACACUUAGGUUGUCUCCACUUUUUGGCCAUUGUGAAAAGUGCUGCAGUGAACACUGGUGUAGAGGUUUCUGUUUGUGCUCCUGCCUCACUUCUGAGUAUAUACCUAGGAUUGGGAUUGCUGGGUCAUAUGGUAGUUCCAUAUUCGACCUCUCAAGGAACCACCAAACUGUCUUCCAUUUUGCAUUCCCACGAGCAAUGGAUGGAUGAGAGUUCCAGUUUCUCCACAACUUCUUCAACACCUCUUUUCUCUCUUUUUUUUUUAUCAUUGCCUUUCUACUGGGGGUGAGGUGGUAUUUCACUGCAGCUAAUAAGUCAGAAUUGACUUGACAGCACACAACAAUGGCUAAUGAUGUUGAGCAUCUUGUCAUGUGCUUUUUGACCAUCUGAAUAUCCUCUUUAGAGAAAAAUCUGUACAAGUCCUUUGCUCAUUUUUUAAUUCUUUUUUUCAUCUCUUUGUUGUUGAGGUGUAGUAGUUGUUUUUAUAUAUUUUGGAUAUUAGACUCUUAUCAGGUGAGCAUUCGCAUGAAACACAAAUACCUUCAAUUCUUUGCCCAUUUAAAGAACUCUAUUCACAUACCUCUUCCCCAUAUUUCCUUGUUACCAAUUUUCCAAUCAUGUUCCUUCCAAGUCCCUGACCAUCCAGCCAAACCACUGGCCACAGCCCAUGAAUCAGUAUACAACCACACAUCUAGCCAUUUCUCCUUCCAAGCAAAGUGAACAACAGGUGCACUGCUCAAAGUUCUGCCCACUGGGAGGCUUCUCCUUCACUACUAUCCUUCAGGGAGGUCCCAGAAAGGGGCUGCUGGGCUGCUGCUGUCCACCUUCCAGUGGUGCCUGCAUAUAGUGCAGAACCAUCUGUAAGCCAGGCACGAGUUUUCUCCUCAGUCAGCUGAUCAUGAGGAAUCCCUCAUGAGGCCAUAGGUGUACACCAGGAGAGGGCAGGUAAUGUGACAGGAGUGGAGACCAUGGCAUUUGGGCCACUUUCUCAUGCAGCUUACCUGUGCCUUCAGGCCCUGCUUAAGCCCAAUCUCGUGUAUACCACUUCCACUUAACGAUGGAGUGCUGCUGUGCACAUCCGACUUUAUGGCUCUGUGGGUGAGACAACACCCAGUUCGUGAUGGGCAGCACAGGCUGCAUGGUGACUUGAUGGUUCAUGGUUAGGUGAUCGGUCUCUCCUAAGGCCCAGUAACAAGCCAAAAGCUGUUUCUCUACAAGGAUAGUAGCUAUCUGCAGAGGACAGCAGGGCUUUGCUCUCACAUCCUAAGGGUCUGUGCUUGAUUGACCAAGAGGGGACUGCCACAGACUUGAAACAGCAUCUCUCUCUGGCACUUCCACUUUAAGAUCAUAUGGCCCAAGUAGCAAA